AUUCGACCGUUCGCAUUUGGUCGGUAAAAUUAGAUUAAUUGAAACUAUUGAUUUAGGUACACCCAGACUUUACCGUGUAUCUGGGGGAGGACUAGCAGCUCAGGGUCGCCCGAUAGUGUCAGAUAAUAUCGGGCUUAAUGAGAAAACUCCGAAGAAUUCGAACGGACACGCUGAGAUAACUAACCUAUUCAAGAAACGAAGUUUGGCUUUGAGAGUUUAUUUAAGUCGUGUUAAACCACUUCUGCUUUCAACAAAUAUAUAGAGCAAGUACCUUGAAAUACGCUGUUCGAACUUUUAUACUUUGCACAUUAACUUACGCCAUAAACUGGAUUGAAAACUGUUUGCGUAUACUCAUACCGGAUCGCGUUAAGGCAAUAAUGAAGUUCUGAGGUGCAGAAAAAACCGUUCCAACACUUGGAUAUUUGGCCAUUAUUAAAGAUAAGCCCCAAACAAUGAAGUAAGAAAGUCUACAAUAAUCAAACAUUGUGCAGUCAAAGUAAUGGACAAUGAAGCGCCGCUUAAGUCAACGUUUGAAGAGAAAACGUUUUGUAUGCGCUCUUGCCGUGGGAUUAUUUUUAAUUAUUUGUAUAAUAAAACAAAGCAACCUUCGUCAGAUUACUCAGUCGAAACUUUUGCAGAUCUUCUCCGCAGGGAAACGAAGUGCUGCCUUUUAUAUUUGGGACGACAAUACGACAUAUUCUUGGAUGAAAAGCUUCAAGAGUGGUAACUAUAACUACACAGAGCUGUUGCGACCAAAAGGUGUAUAUAAGGGUAUUCCUUAUUUAGUCGUGGUCGCCUCGGGAAUUAUGAAUAGGCUUCGACGAUCCGCCAUAAGAGAUACGUGGGCCAAGGGUCUUAGGGACAGCGAUGGAGCAGAGGCCGCCGUGGUGUUCCUUCUUGGAAGAUCUGAAAUACAAUACUUCCAGAAAUUGGUGAAUACAGAGCACACUCAAUAUGGCGAUAUAGUCCAAUUCGACUUCAAAGAUACGUUUCGUAAUGCCUCCUUAAAGACAGUUCUAAUGUUGCGUUGGGCCUCUAAAUUCAACCCGACCUAUCUGGUGAAAGCAGACGAUGAUACGAUUGUCAACGUGCGCAAGCUGCGUCUUGAAUUGCAGUCACUUCAGGCGAACUUUUCCAAGCCAGUCAUUGCGGGAUACGAAUUAAUCCACGUGGCUCCGCGUCGUAUGAAGAACGACAAAUGGGCCGUAUCGGAAAAGGAAUAUCCUGACAAGCUGUAUCCUAACUUUGUGUCAGGCUGUCUUUAUGUAAUCAGUGGAAAGGCAUUGGCUCCUUUGUACGAGACGGCAUUGAAUACCCGACCACUUAGUCUGGAAGACGUGUUCGUAACGGGACUAGUAGCGACGAGAGCUGGAAUUCCACGAGUUAGUCUCAAGGACAUCGAAAUUCUUGGCUUGGACGAAGCCUGCGAGAUGCAUGAGAAGCUAGCCGUGCACCAUAUCUCGGCUUCUAGGAUGCGUCUACUUUCGCGCGUUCUUUCGUCUUUUGUACGCCAUUGUACAUCAUUAUCAUGUUCCUGUAUACCCCUGGCGAGCCCUCAAUUAAAGGCAACCUCAAAGUAGAAAUUCCUACCGCCUUUGCAAACUUGGCUGCGAAGUAAUUCAACGUACAGCUGAGGGUAGAUGAGUCUUACCUGCUGCGAAAGCUGUUACUUACGCUACUUCAGAAAUCGUCGUCAACGGUCACGAAAAUGGCAAAGAAUAUCAAUUUGCCCCGAUUGACGUUUUACUCAUCGAGAAAAGAAACUUUGUUCUUAAAUCAAGUAUCCAUCCAACCCUAAGAUGUCGAUUUGAGUCAUACAGACGGAUAAAAGCAGGAUUAUAAUUAUAUACCAAUUUUCUUUGCGUCUUCCCUGUCGUGACGUCGAUCUUAUUCGCCAUCAAAGAAAAACACAAUAGUCACAAAAAACUGGCAGUACUAUACAGCAGGCCAACGAGAAUACGAAAACUCUAUCGGAUGUUGCAUUCAAGGGGGCGUCAAUGCAAAAAAUCCAAGUGUAUUUGCUGUUAUAUAGCCUAAGGUUGUCGUCACCUUUCAUUCCCGACAAAAAACUCUGUUCGACGUUAACAGUCGGAGGAAUACCGUCGGGAAGAAAAAAGAUACAACAGGCGAAGCAAGCAAGUAAAAAUAAUUCGUUUUAAGUAGCAACUUGUUCGCGGAACAACUAAAAAGUUGUUGUAAGAAAAAUUGUUGCAGAGACAAAUACUUUUCCCUUGAACGAA